AUGGAUUUUUCUUUUGGAGACUCUUUGAUUCCGAAUAUAAAUGGUGUACGCCAAUUUUUCAAUGAUCCGUUUUUUGGCCCAAGCUCCGGAUUUCAUCACAUGGCCAGAAUGAUGGACCGCAUGAUGGUGGAAAGCAUGCAGCCCUUCGGGUUUGCUCGGGUGAUGAGCACACGCGGUGAUAGAAAGGGUGAUCAGCCACCAAGAGAUGGCCUGAGGUCAGACAGGAGCGAUGCAAGAAGGGAGAGAGCUAAAAAUCCUCAUACACACGUAGGAAAUGGUACCAAACAUCCACCCACGCAAGUUGUUCGCCCGACGCCAGUCAAUAAGUUCCAAGAGACAUCAUUUGACCAAACACAAACCAAACCGACUGACCCUACCACAGAAAAAUGGGCGACUACGCUUCGUAAGAGAGACCCUGACAUACAGCCAUCGUUACCUUCUAUUGUCUCCCGAAAAGCCUCCUCGAGUUCAAUGGGCAGUGGAAGAAAGACCCGGUCAGUAGACAGGGCACCACGAAGACGUCACUUAGUUCCAAUUAAGCCGGUUCAACGGAAGUCAGAUGUGUCAGCUGAUGGUGAUGCAUUACUGGAGCGAGAUGAGAAGGUCUUUGAUGCAACAGGAUACGAAAUUCAUUUAGUGGAAACGCUUGAAAGAGAUAUACUGCAAAGGAAUCCGGAUGUUCGUUGGAAAGAUGUGAUCGGGUUGGAUGAUGCGAAGUCUGUUCUCCAAGAGGCAAUGGUUCUUCCGCUUGUUAUGCCUGAUUAUUUCAAGGGUAUCCGUCGUCCGUGGAAAGGCGUACUACUCACAGGACCACCUGGGACUGGAAAGACAUUGUUAGCUCGUGCUGUCGCUACCGAGUGCAGAACAACUUUCUUCAACGUGUCGUCUGCUACCCUCACAUCUAAAUACCGUGGUGAUUCAGAGAAGCUUGUUCGAUUGCUUUUUGAUAUGGCCGCCUUCUAUGCUCCUAGCACGAUAUUUCUAGAUGAAGUGGAUUCGCUGUGUGCAGUCCGCGGUGCUGAUUCUGAACACGAAGCCUCGAGACGGUUCAAAGCUGAACUGCUCAUACAAAUGGAUGGACUCGCUGCCCCAUUUAAUCAAGACAAAGUGGUAAUGGUCCUGGCUGCCACCAACCACCCGUGGGACAUCGACGAAGCCUUCAGGCGACGAUUUGAGAAGCGGAUAUAUGUAGGCCUUCCUGAUGAAUCGACAAGAGUAAAAUUGCUGAAACUAUGUCUCCGAGAGGUGGCGCUAUCUGAUGAUGUAAAUCUACCUGAUCUCGCUGUUAACUUGGAAGGCUACAGUGGAUCUGACAUUUGCAAUUUAUGCAGAGAUGCCUCGAUGAUGACAAUGCGGCGAAAGAUUGCCGGUAAAACUCCUGAAGAAAUUCGUCGCUUAAAGCGCUCUGAGUUGGAAGCUCCAGUCUCCAAGACGGAUUUAGAAACCGCUGUAGAAAAAACAAGACGCACAGUCACUCAGGCUGAUGUAGCGCGUUACUCAUCUUGGAUGCAGAAGCAUGGUUGCUCCUAG